AGACUCACAGUUUUUUUUGACUGGCGACGUAAUGCUGCUGCCUGCGAGGCGUGCAUGUGAGAAAAGGGAUGAGCUGCUGUUUAAGCGCUGAGGGUUGAGAUUAGAAACCAAGGUUUCGGUUCUGCAGUUGACGGCGGGUGAUUGCAGCGUCUGGACUCCGUGCUAUUCCUCAGCAGCAGAGAAAGAAAAGAAAACCAGCACAACUCCAAAGUAAACUUUGAAGAGUCUGAAAAAGGAAUUGAAUCGUAAAACUGUUACUGUGCCCUGUAAGGCCCUUGUGCGGGUGACUUCAAAGGAGGAUGGUGGUCAAGGAGGCUUUGGCAAGAGUGCUCACAGCUGUGGGCUAUCUAGGAUCCAAGUAAAUAGCUCCUCAGCGCUUCAGAAGAGAGGAGUCCCGAAUACUGUGCUGCUUUGAAGAGAUCACAGUUCUCAUCCAACACGACAAUGGCUCUUUUAAAGAAAAUUAACCAGAUCUUACUGUUACUUCUUGUCUUAACUGUGUGUGCCAUUCUGUAUAACAAAGUUCACCAAGUGCCAUCGGCGUUAAAAAAUGAAACAGUUGAUUUGGAGAGUCCUGAGGAAAUGGAAGAAGAAAUCCCAGUGGUGAUCUGCGCUGCUGCGGGCAGGAUGGGUGCAGCUGUAGCAGCCAUCAGUAGCAUCCACAGCAACACAGAGGCCAGUGUUUUGUUCUACAUAGUUGGGCUGAAGACAACCAUCCCACACAUUCGAAAAUGGAUUGAAAAUUCUAAACUGAAAGAAAUAAAAUUUAAGGUUGUAGAAUUCAACCCUAUGGUACUAAAAGGAAAAAUCAGACAAGAUGCAUCACGUCCUGAGCUACUGCAGCCUCUGAACUUUGUUCGAUUUUAUCUUCCUUUGCUUAUCCAGAAACAUGAGAAAGUAAUAUAUUUGGAUGAUGAUGUUAUUGUUCAAGGUGACAUCCAGGAACUCUAUGAUACUAAGUUGGCUCCUGGACAUGCUGCAGCUUUUUCAGAUGAUUGUGAUCUGCCUUCUACACAUGAAAUGAUUAGAAGUGUAGGGAUGCAGAACACAUACAUGGGAUUCCUGGACUACAGAAAGCAAGCCAUCAGAGAUCUUGGCAUCAGCCCCAGCACCUGUUCCUUUAAUCCUGGAGUAAUUGUUGCUAACAUGACUGAAUGGAAACAUCAGCGGAUUACGAAGCAGUUGGAAAAGUGGAUGCAAAGAAAUGUAGAGGAAAACCUCUACAGCAGCACCCUUGGGGGAGGCGUGGCAACCUCUCCAAUGCUGAUUGUAUUUCAUGGAAAGUAUUCCUCUAUUAAUCCUAUGUGGCACAUAAGGCAUCUUGGUUGGAGUCCUGAUGCCCGUUACUCAGAGCAAUUUCUUCAAGAAGCUAAAUUACUUCACUGGAAUGGGAGAUACAAACCUUGGGACUAUCCCAGUGUCCACACUGAUCUGUGGGAAAACUGGUUUAUUCCUGACCCUUCAGGGAAGUUCAAAUUAACUCGUCCUGAUAGCUGAUACUGAAACAACUUAAAUACUGCCAAACAUAGUGUAUUGGAUGCAUGUAAUAGUUUGAGACGCAGCAUAUGAGGAAUAUGAUUAACUGAUUCUAGAAAACGAAGUAUUUGUUAAAUAUAUGAAUAACUGACCAUCACUUUUGUGUGCUUAGGGCUUGAGAGGGAGGCUGGAGUGACCAUUACAUGGUUCAGAUUAUCCUGACUUUCAUGUGAGGUGAGGAACUAGGUUUACUUGACAGUGAAGUAUUUUCAUUAUAUAUUUACAGAGGUAAAACUCGGUGCCAGACAGUGUACUUUAAUUUAAGGUCUUUAUAAAUAAGACUCCAAUGUCUUCUGGUAGAAAGACCUACCCAGCAGAUACCUGCAGUAUUACACACAAGGUGUCUUUAGUUGUCUGGCCCACAUUGAGAUCUUAGGCAUAUGUUACUGAGUAGAGUUGUGUUGAGUGGUGACUGUUUUGAGGCGUUUCUGCGUAUGACACAUCCUGUAGUGCACUUAGACCUUUGCUUGCAACAUGUGAAAGCACAUUCCAAGACACUGCAGUACAAUU